AUGGCUAUCAACGAAGACUAUCCGAGAAAGGACUCUGACGAAACCGAUAAAGACUUGCUACAAACUGAACAAACUUACGACUCUGCCCCCACAGGUGCCACCUUUUCUCUUUCUGCCUCAACAGGUAUCUGUCUCCCUUCGAUUGCAGUAAAUGAUAUAGACUGGGAACGACACGCUUCAGAUAGAUACUACUAUCCGCGACAGAGAAUUUCACACGGCAGACGAAACGAAAAAUUAAUAGGAGAGAAAGUAGGGGAGACGCUUGAACACGGAAAAGAAGACGAUGAAGCUUCACCAAACACCGUAUCCGCUUUGAUUCAUCAACCUCACUCGCAACUAGCUGUUAAAAUAUCCAGCAUCACAAAUGCAUCAAGAGCAGGACUGGACCUGGCUGGAAUAAUAACAAAAUUCACUCUCGAUACAAUGAAACUGUCUACGAAAACUUCUCUUAGCAUUGCCAAGGCUGUCACUGGCGUAGUAUCUAAUGCUAUGAUACAAGCAACUCAGGACGGAAUGGGACGGCUCUUUCUUCCAAGACUUAUCGAUGCCUCGACAGAUUUAUUGCACCGAACCCUUUCCUUAACUGAACAAAUCGCGCUAGCCGGACUAGAGAUAACAUCCGAAACGGUGCAAUACACAUUGUCGACGGUAUCCGAUAGCACGUCCUUAAUAGAUACUCUUUUUGGAACAACCGACGCUGCGAAAGCCCUUGCCGAAUUUGUUGCUCUAGUCAGACGCGAAUGGGUCGUCCGCGAAGAAGAAUUCGACGACUGUGAAGCCAUUGGGACAUUGGGUGUAUUUCAAAUAAUAAAAGCUUUAGCUGCCUGGGCCUCUUUACAGUGCAUCACGAGUCAGCGUUGGGAAUCGGAGAUGACAGGGUGGAAAAAAGUUAAAUUGGUUGAUUUGAGAGACGUCUUGGAGGAGUGGGAAGAGAUAAAUCAUAGCGAUUCCUUAUAUGACGGGCUCGAAUGGCUAGAGGAUGAAGAAGAUGAAGAAAUGGUUCUAGUACAAGCAAAGACGGAUAAUCUGGUCGUUGGUGAAUUGACAAGGGACGAAAAGCAGGGCAUGCCAAGAUGGUCGGCUCCUGUUGAUGUGUACUCGCCUCGUUUAAAUUCUCUAUUUGCCGAAACUACUAAAAGAUUUUCCAAUCCCUAUCUCGAAGAGUAUGUUAAUCAGCCGGAAGAAGAAAAAUUAUUUACUCUACUUCGUAAUCUAAAACGGUAUUCAAAAUUCUCCUCAACUGCAUACGACUUUAAAACUGCUAUAAUCAACAAACUUCCCUACAAAGCGGCUAUAUGGCGAGAAAACGGUCGUUUACAGCGAUAUACGUUUGCUCGCGUCAAUGACCUUCCGCUUCAUUCCAUCGUUCACACUUCGCAUCAAGUACAAUCAACAAAUAACAGUCAUUAUAAGCCUACCUAUAUUUUAUUCAAAGAUCACGAUACAAAGAGUAUUAUUCUUGCAUUGAGAGGGACAAUGUCCAUACAUGAUUUGAUUGUUGAUUUAUCCUGCGAAUACAUGGACUUUCAGUUACCAGAAGAUAUACAAAGGGGAGAUGAAACAAAAUAUAAAGUGCACAAGGGAAUUUGGCAAGUAGCCAAGGAUUUGUCUACUCCAGGAGCGGAGGGUGGUGUGUUUGACGUUUUAAAUAAGGAGUUGGAAGAGAACGAAGAUUAUGGAUUGGUUCUCAUUGGACAUUCGCUCGGGGCAGGUGUUGCAAGUGUGCUAGCUCUCCUGUGGGCAAGCCCAACGACGAGAAUGACAACACGCUGGUCAAAACUUCCUCUUGGACGUCGCGUUCAUUGUUACGCCUUUGCCACACCGUGUGUAAUGUCUGCCGAAUUAUCCAAACGGUCCAAAACCCUAACCACGUCUGUUGCAUACGCCAACGAUUUCAUUCCCCGUCUAUCCUUAGGUCACGUGCAAGAUUUGCGUGACAUGGUUUGCUACAUGGGGUCGAAGAUCGACCCGGAGACAAACAAAGACCUGAUGUCGACCAUUUUAUCCAAAGUGAUUGAAUACAAAUCGAAACAGUUCUCUGGCGACGAUGAGAACGAGAAAGAGGCCGCCAAGAAAGAGAUUGAGGAAUACUUUUGGAAUAUAAGAUCAAAAGUACAUUCAAUAAUGUCAUGUCCCAAAUUAUAUCCAGCUGGAAAGUUAAAAGAUAAUGAUAAGAAGUAUAAUAUGUUGGAAAUCGAAGAUGUGGAAAAGAUGUUUGAGGAGAUAUGGUUUUCGCCGCACAUGAUUACUGAUCAUUUACCAAUGACUUACGAUUAUUGGCCAAAAACGAACAUUCAUUCGUCGACCAAACCACCUCGCUCUCUUUCUUUACAAACUAUGAAGUCAAUUCUUGUCAUUCUCGUGUUGGCUCUCUUGUCACUCGGUAUAUCUCAAUCUACGCCGGUUCUUGAAAGUAGGUCUGGGUUCCGUGGCGGAUGGUGGACCGGCAAGACGGAAAACAACAUAAAUUGUGAUGAUACGGGGACAAAGCUCAAACGUCCUUGGGGUCAUUUGGGUUGUGCUGUUGACGUUAUUGAGCUCGACUGA